AUGGACAGCCUCCCCGACGGGGCGGCGCCGCCCGCGCCGACGCCGCAGCAGCAGCAGCCGAAGCGCGACGAGUGGAGCGAGAGCGGCAUCUCGCGCCUGCUCGAGGCCUACGAGGCCAAGUGGCUGCUCCGCAACCGGGCCAAGCUCAAGUGGAGCGACUGGGUCGACAUCGCCCACGACGUCUCCGCCCACUGCUCCUCCUCCGGCCAUGCGGCCUCCAAGCCCGGCGCCGCUGCCGGGGGCACCGCCAAGACCCCCAACCAGUGCAAGAACAAGGUCGAGUCCAUGAAGAAGCGCUACCGGGCCGAGUCCGCCGCCGCAACGCGGGCCGGAUCAGCUGGGGUGGCCAGCGCCUCCGGUGGCCCGUCCUGGCGCUUCUUCGGCCGCAUGGACGGGCUGCUCAAGGGCCCGGCCGCCGGCUGCUCUGGCCAGCCGCAGGCGCAACCGGAGCCGAGCUACGAUGGCAUCGUCCAGCCGCGAGCCCCCCUGAAAGCAGAGCCAGAGGUCGACGCCGAAGCAGACACCGCCCUCCAGCAGCCGCCGGACACAGCAGGGCCGCCCGGGGCGCUCUCCGAGCUACUGAGCACAGACGCCAACGGCUCCGCGACGGUGAAGGCCGAGAAGACCGUCGAUCUGGCCACGCACAAGGAGAGCGGCAGGGCGGCUGACAGCGACGCCGCAAAUGUGAGCUCUCCGCGGAGCAAGGAGGUGGAGGUGGGGGUGAACGACGACGGCGCCGAGGAGGUGGACACGCCGAGAAAGAGGAAGAGCCCGGAGCUGGACGUCGCGAGGAGCAUCGAGCUGCUGGCGAGCUCGUUCGUGAAGAUCGAGCGGGCCAGGCUGGAGGUGUACCGGGACACGGAGCGGAUGAGGGCCGAGGCCGAGGUGAAGAAGGGCGAGAUGGAGCUGAGGAGGACGGAGAUCAUGGCCAAGACGCAGCUGCAGAUCGCCAGGCUCUUCGCCAAGCGGCUCAAGGAGUGCGUAGGCAGCAGGAAUGGCGGCAGCUCGUCUCAAGCGGACACGCUUGCCAAGAAAGGCGAAAAUGGUUCAGGGUGA